AAGAUAAGGGAAACUUCCGGGAAUGUGAACAGAAAAAAAAAAGUGUAGUUAUAUUUCUUCCUCUUUCUAUUGUCUCUCUUCCCCUGAACAACUUUCUCCGCUAUCAAACCCUAAAGUUUUUUUUUUUUGAAUUUAUACUCUUUCACUCUUCAAUUUGCCCCUUCUGUUCCCUCUCCUCUUUCAGAAACAGAGGCCGAGAUCUUCAUCGUUGAUUCCGUACAAAAUCAAAUGGGCUGGAGCUUUCUCCCAAAGUUUCUAUCUUCUCUGAAAUUCUGGGGAAAUUCCGAGGACAGGCAAGAUUUGCUGGAUCCCGUUGUCAUUGGUAGACCAUAAAGUAGUGAUGAUGAACAAUAAUAAUAUCGGUUGUCAGCCGUUUUUGUCCCAUUCAAAUACCAGUGAUUAAAAAUGUCGUGCAUUCCAUUGUUAUCACCGCAAGAGCAAGGGAGAAUGAGGGAGAUAGAUUUAGGGGUACACACCAUAAAGAGCCAUGGAGGGAGAGUGGCUUCGAAGCAUCGCCACGACUGGCUCAUACUACUCCUUUUGAUAGUCAUAGAUGUCGUUCUCAACAUCAUCUCUCCCUUCUAUCGCUUUGUCGGAAAAGACAUGAUGACAGACCUCAAGUACCCUUUCAAGGACAACACUGUUCCUGUCUGGUCCGUACCGUUGUACGCCGUGGUGCUUCCGAUUAUUGUCUUCGUGUGCUUUUACCUCAAGAGGAGAUGCGUGUAUGAUCUUCACCACAGCAUUCUUGGGCUGUUAUUCGCCGUGCUGAUUACCGGAGUGAUAACGGAUUCCAUCAAGAAUGCGACGGGGAGGCCUCGCCCGAACUUCUACUGGCGCUGCUUCCCUGACGGAAAAGAGGUAUAUGAUGCACUGGGAGGGGUGAUAUGUCAUGGCAAGUCCAGCGACAUCAAAGAAGGCCACAAAAGUUUCCCCAGCGGUCACACCUCUUGGUCAUUCGCGGGGCUAGGGUUUCUGUCGCUGUACCUGUCGGGGAAGAUAAAGGCGUUCAACAGAGAAGGACACGUGGCUAAGCUGUGCCUCGUGAUACUUCCGCUGCUCGCAGCAUGCCUCGUCGGAAUCUCACGUGUGGACGACUACUGGCACCACUGGCAAGACGUCUUCGCCGGCGCUCUCAUUGGCCUUUUCGUCUCCGCUCUUUGCUACCGGCAGUUCUUCCCUAACCCUUAUGACGACGAUGGAUGGGGACCUUAUGCGUACUUCCGGGCGGCGGAGGAGCGAGGGGCUAACCCGGAUACCGUUGCCCCCAACUUUCAGAAUGGCGACGUUUCGGUGGAGUUGGAAUCUGGCACUCUUAGGAUAUGAAUGCUUAUUUUUUUUAAAUGAAAUAAAAUAUUUGUUGUAGAUAUUUCAUAUGUGAUUCUUUUUUUUUUCCUCAA